AGUGCUUCUAUUUCGUCCUCUUUGAAAGAAAAAGAAGAUGCAACCCUGGGUCGUCAUUCUCAUAGUGUUGCUUGCUGCUGGAGGCGUUGUCUGCUGCGGGUUCGCUGUGUGUUCCCUUUACGGGGACAAUGACGAGAACAAGAUCAAGUCUAUAUCGCAAGAGCAGGCCAAAUACAUGGCGGCAGUGCGUUCUCGUACUGUUAAGAUGCUAGCUUUUGAAUGUAGAUAGGCGCCCUAAGAGAGUUUGGUGUGUGGGAGAUGCAAGGAG